CUUUCCCGUCAUCCCCCGGGCAAGAUGGCGGCGCCCACUCUGGGCCGGCGCUGCGGGCGGGCGGCGGGGCUGUGGGGCGGCCCGGGACGGGCCUCGCUCCCGCUCUCGCUCCGGCGGCGAGCCCACGAGCAAGCGCGGCGGGCCCGGGGCGCCGGGAAAGGUCUGCUGGCUGAGCAGUGCGAGCGCGGGCUCUUCCAGGAGGUGUUCCCGGCUCUGAGCGCGGAGGAGCAGCUGCCGAGCCUGCUGGAGCCGGGCCGCCCUCCCGUCACCGCUUACUGCGGCUUCGACCCCACGGCCGACUCGCUGCACGUGGGGCACCUGCUGCCCGUCAUGGCCCUGCUCCACUUCCAGCGCGCCGGGCACAACGUGAUCGCCGUGGUCGGGGGCGCCACGGCGCAGCUGGGGGACCCGAGCGGGCGGGAGCGCGCGCGGGAGCCGGUGCCGGCGGAGCGGGUGCGCGCGCGGGCGCGGGGGCUGCGCGCGGGGCUCGUGCGCCUCUUCGAGAACCACCGGGAGCUGCUGUGGGCGCAGGCCGGGCGGCGGCUGGGGCGGGCGGAGCUGCUGGAUAACGCCGGGUGGCUCGGGGAGCAGCGGCUGCUCGAGUUCCUCGGCGGGGCUGGCGGGCGGCUCCGCAUGGGGACGCUGCUGAGCCGGCAGAGCUGCCAAGCGCGGCUGCGGAGCCCCGAGGGGAUGAGCCUGGCAGAGUUCCUCUACCCGGCCCUGCAGGCCUACGACUUCCUCCACCUCCACCGGCACCACGGCUGCCGCAUCCAGCUCGGGGGCGCCGACCAGAUGGGCAAUAUCAUGUCCGGCUACGAGCUCGUCACCAAGAUGACGGGAACAGAUGUGUUUGGAAUUACUGUACCUCUUAUUACCAGCACUACAGGAGAUAAACUGGGGAAAACUGCUGGCAAUGCAGUUUGGCUAAACAGAGAUAAGACUUCUCCUUUUGAGCUAUAUCAGUUUUUUGUCAGACAACAAGACAGUGUAGUUGAAAAAUACCUGAAGCUCUUCACCUUCCUUCCUCUUGAGGAGAUUGACCACGUCAUGAAAAUGCAUGCUAAGGAACCUGAAAAAUGGGGUCCUCAGAAACGACUUGCUGCAGAAGUAACCAAGCUUGUUCAUGGUAGAGAGGGGCUAGAAUCUGCUAAGAGGUGCACUAAGGCCCUUUAUUACAGCAGUGUGGAGGCAUUGGAAGAAAUGUCUGACCAAGAGUUACAGGAACUGUUUCGACAAGCUCCAUCAGCUGAAUUGAUGCUUGAACCCGGAAUGAACGUUCUUGACUUGUGUCGCAAAGCGAAUGCCAUUCCUGAUGGACCUAGUGGGUACCAGAAAAUUACAGAUGGUGGAGUUUCAAUAAAUGGGAUUCGAGUAACUAAUCCUGAGACUGUUCUUAUUCUUGGACAGCAUAUUCUUAAGAAUGGAGUAUCAUUGCUUAGGGUUGGAAAGAAAAAUUACUACAUUAUAAAAUGGCUGCAGUUGUGACAACAGAACGUCUCCUUAAAACAGUGGAUCAUUUCGACUGUUGCUCAAAGAUAUACUUGAAGAUGUUUAUACACUGUGCGUUACUUCGCAGCUCACAGACUGUCCAAUGCUAUAGUUUUGUUCUCAAAGUACACCAACAGAUUUGAAACAAAGGCAGCUACGUUAUACCACUGAAGAGAGUUUUAGAUGCACUGCCUUACUCAAAGCACCAUUCAUGAGACGAUACACCCAAGAUGAAAAGACUCAUUUCAGAGACCAAAGAUGGAGAUGCUCUUCCUCUCCUUUAACAACCUUCUGUGUUGUAAGAGAACAGUGGCCAAGUACUCUACAGCAUAAUCCACAACAAGAUGAGCAAAAGCAUACUCAGACUCAGUGAUGCUUGGAGAGGACACAUGUUGCUGUCCAGUUUAACUUCAUCCUAACAGAGAAACCUGUUAAGAGGGUAUGAACAAACCAACCUAUGAGCAACAUUUAUUUGUUUUUUCUGAGCAGGUUUGCUUUGAAGGAAGCUGCAGGUGAUUCAUAAUAAAUAAGUAGAAUGAUUAAGCCCUAA